AUGGUUUGUGUGUGUAUAUAUUUUUAAUUCUACUAGAUUUAUUUCGCAGGUUAAUUUAAUUGUGGACGGUUUUUCAACUGUUGCUAGUCUGGAAAAGUGUAAAAUCCAACCUGGCAACUUAGAGGGGGCGGAAACUUCAUAUGGCUGCUGGCAACAUCUGGAAAGCUUUAUUAACACUGCUGCUGAGUUUGAAAAGUGCUCGGGAGAUGAACUGCAAAUCCAAAAUGUCUUUUAUAAAAGUAGAUGAUAAGUCGGACUUUUCUUUCCACAACCUCCCGUAUGGAGUUUUCUCCAACCCGGAUAAUGGUCGGAGGAGGAUCGGGGUGGCCAUCGGAGAUCAGAUCGUGGACCUGAGCGCCAUUAAACACCUCUUCACUGGACCGGAGCUCUCUCAGCACCAGCAUGUGUUUGAUCAGCCCACUCUGAACGCGUUCAUGGCUCUGGGUUCGGGUGCGUGGAGAGAGGCGCGUGCGCGCCUACAGACUCUGCUGCGCGCGGACGAGCCCACACUGAGAGACCAUCAGGAGCUCAGGGCCAGAGCGUUUGUUGAUCAGAGCACUGCACUGAUGCAUCUCCCAGCUGAGAUUGGUGAUUACACUGAUUUCUACUCAUCCAGAGACCAUGCCACUAAUGUCGGGAUCAUGUUCCGGGGCAAAGAGAACGCACUGAUGCCAAACUGGCUGAGGCUGCCGGUUGGCUAUCAUGGCCGAGCUUCAUCUGUGGUCAUCUCAGGAACUCCAAUCAGAAGACCUCAAGGCCAGAUGAGGCCAGAUGCAGCCAAGCCUCCUGUGUUUGGGCCAUCAAAGCAACUGGACAUUGAGCUGGAAAUGGCUUUCUUUGUGGGUCCCGGGAACAGACUAGGAGAGCCGAUUCCCAUAGAGAAAGCACAUGAACACAUCUUUGGUAUGGUGCUGAUGAACGACUGGAGUGCAAGGGAUAUCCAAUCAUGGGAGUAUGUGCCAUUAGGUCCAUUUCUGGGGAAAAAUUUUGGGACCACCAUCUCUCCCUGGGUCGUUCCUAUGGAGGCUUUGAUGCCCUUUGUGGAGCCUAACACAGUGCAGGACCCAGAGCCAUUACCAUACCUUCGCCACCAGGACCCAUACACAUUCAACAUAAACCUCUUUGUCACCAUUAAAGGCGAAGGCAUGAGUGAGGCAACCACCAUCUGCAAGUCUAACUUUAAGUACAUGUAUUGGACCAUGAAGCAGCAGUUAGCGCAUCACACAGUGAACGGCUGUAACAUCAGACCAGGAGACCUGCUGGCGUCAGGCACCAUCAGUGGACCGGAUCCGGAAAGUUUUGGCUCAAUGUUGGAGCUCUCAUGGAGAGGGUCAAAGGUCAUUGAACUGGGCAGAGGAGAGACAAGGACAUUCCUUAAGGAUGGAGAUGAGGUCACACUCACAGGUUACUGUGAGGGUCACGGAUACCGUGUUGGUUUCGGAUCAUGCCAGGGAAAAAUCGUUCCUGCCCUACAGCAGUGAUGCUCCCCAUUCUUCUCCUCCCAUCUGUCAGUCCGUCCCAAAACUGGCUCGGCUCUUCAGGCACCAAAUAGUGCCUUAUCAGUUAUGUUUAAUUAUUCUUGACCUUUUCAGGGACACCUAAUGGAGAGCACACAAGCUAUUGUUAUUCACUCAUUGGAGUUUCACUGAGCCAAAGCUCUUCUCUGGGCAGAAAUGAUUAUGAUUGAUUAUGUGUGACAGCCAGGGAAAUUGAACAGAGAUUAGAUUAAGCACAUUGACUUUUGUUUAAUAGUAUGAGCAUGUCCAGAAACAUUGCAUUGGCUUUUUUUUUAUUAAAUACUCCAAAAAUGCAAGCAAUAUAGAAUAUGAAUGUUUCAUAUAUAGCUUUUUAAAAGUAUGUAUGUUAAAUGUAUUUUUGUUGUUUACAGAAAGGCAAAUACAGAAAGAUUCAUAUCCAUUAAUCAGUGGCAAAAUGAAUUCAAUUUUGAGUAUGUUUGAGUCAGCAGCGUAUUACUGCCAUGCCAGAAAAACUGAAAUGGAUCAGUAUCAUGUUAUAAUGCGAAAAGUUUGUGUUAAGAUAUUUCUUGUGUUAUUAUAACCUACAAACUUACCACAUUAUAAAAAGCUAAAUUAUCAUGCUAUGACAUGAAAUGUUUUUUGUAUUAUAACAAGAUAAAUAGUAUAUUGUUAUAUCAAGAAAGGUUUCUUGUUAUAACAUGAUGAGCUUGUAUGUUGUAGUAUCAUCAAUAUACUGUAUCUUGUUAUAACAUGAAAAUAUCUUAACAAUAAACUUUCCAUGUUAUAACAUGAUACUGAUCUGUUUUUCUUUGUCUGAUGUGUUUCAGCAAUACGCUUCCGUAGUUUGAGUUUUAACUAAUUAGCAAUGUCUUCCUUUAAGUAGUUCAGUAAGUAGUUACUUAGUGACUAACUCCUUGACCUUUUAUUUUAGUGCGAGAAGACAGGAAUGCAGUAGUAGCCAGUUACCUAAACACUGAAACGUUAAACAGGCCGGCUCACCCUUCCCAGAAGUAGCGAGUCGCCAUUUUUGCAUCCACGGAUAUUCCACCGUUUGAUCAUGAAUUGUAAUGUGAAAUUGAAGAUACUUUGUCAAAGACGUCAUAUUUUAAAUUCUUUGACGGAUCGUUCUGUUUUCGUAUGGUUAUUCUGUUGUAAUGGACCGGAGCCAGCCUCGGCUUUCUCGCAGGUGGCCACGACGGAAAGAAAAUCUCAUCUCAUCUCAUCUCAUUAUCUCUAGCCGCUUUAUCCUGUUCUACAGGGUCGCAGGCAAGCUGGAGCCUAUCCCAGCUGACUACGGGCGAAAGGCGGGGUACACCCUAGACAAGUCGCCAGGUCAUCACAGGGCUGACACAUAGACACAGACAACCAUUCACACUCACAUUCACACCUACGGUCAAUUU